CCCCCCCGCCCCGCGCGCGCAGCAUGGCGCUCCCCCAGGGCCCCGCGCUCGGGCUCCUGCUCGCGGUGGCGACGGCGACUUUGGUCGCCGCUCAGAAAGAAUGUGUCUGUGAAAACUACAAGCUGGGCACAAACUGCUUUGAGAAUGAAAUUGGUGAAUGCCAGUGUACUUCAGCUGGUGCUCAAAAUACCAUUGCUUGCUCCAAAUUGACUGCCAAAUGUCUGGUGAUGAAAGCAGAAAUGAAUCACUCAAAAGAGGGGAGAAGACCGAGGCCUGAAGGGGCGCUCCAGAAUAACGACGGGCUUUAUGACCCCGACUGCGAUGAGAAGGGGCUCUUUAAAGCGAAGCAGUGCAAUGGUACCGCCACAUGCUGGUGUGUGAACACAGCUGGCAUCAGAAGAACCGACAAGGACACUGAGAUAAGCUGCUCCGAACGAGUGAGGACCUAUUGGAUCAUCAUUGAACUAAAACACAAAGCAAGAGAAAAACCUUAUGAUCUUCAGGGUUUGCAGAUUGCACUUCGGAACGUGAUCACAAAUCGUUAUCAACUGGAUUCAAAAUAUAUAGCAAAUAUUCUGUAUGAGAAUAAUGUUAUCAUUAUUGAUCUGAUGCAAAAUUCUUCUCAGAAAAAUCAGAAUGAUGUGGACAUAGCAGACGUGGCUUAUUAUUUUGAAAAAGAUGUUAAAGGUGAAUCCUUGUUCCUCUCUUCUAAGAGAAUGGAUCUGACAGUAAAUGGGGAACAGCUGGACCUGGAUCCUGGUCAAACUUUAAUUUACUAUGUUGAUGAAAAAGCACCUGAAUUUUCAAUGCAAGGUCUAAAAGCUGGUGUUAUCGCUGUCAUUGUGGUUGUGACAAUAGCAAUUAUUGCUGGAAUUGUUGUGCUGGUUAUUUCCAGAAGGAAGAGAAUGACAAAGUACGAGAAGGCUGAGAUAAAGGAGAUGGGUGAGCUGCAUAAUAGGGAACUCAAUGCAUGACUGCUGUAAUCUGAAGAUUGACCACAAGAAGGGAAGUUAGCAAAUGGACUCAGAUGACAGAUCCAGGAGCACAAGGCGAAGAGAAGAUCUUUGAGGAUUACUACUUUGUUAGUUAAAUAAUAUAUUUGUAAUAGUGAAGGCUGUACUCAAAAUAUAAGCAGCUUGAAAUUGGCUUUACCAAUCUUAAAAUUCGACCACAAGUGACUUAUAUAUGCAGAUCUAACAUAAAGCCCAGAAUAUGGACUGCAUAGUUCAAAUUAUUUAUGCAUAAUAUUGAAGAGUACAUUAAAUAUGCUUCCACAGUUGAAUUUGGGUGACUGUUGUCUCAUUUGUGAUUGAAAGCUGCCUUUCUAUUUACUUUGAGUCUUGUACAUAUUUGUUUUUUUAUGAACUAUGAAAUAAAACCUUUUAAACUGAA